AUUUGAGAUUGUCGUUCCAAAUUGUGCACAGUGAGCUCACAGUGAGCACUACCGACUAAGCAGGGAACCGAAAAUUUACAGUCCAUGUGCGAUGAAAGUUAUUCCGCAAUUAGUUUUAAUUGUAAUACCGAGCUUUAUCCGUACCGAGACCAGCUGUAGUAUUCCGGAGUGUGGCGAUGAUGGCUAUUUAUUGGCUAACGAGACCUUCGAGCCUCGAGCCCGGAGCAUUCGGCAAUCGUCUGACUACGAGCGGGAUUUAGUGAUGGAUACUAUCCAAGCAGCUGAUUACCCGGUGGACGUUCACGUUGUCGUGACAAAGGACUCCUACAUCCUGAAGCUGCAUCGCAUUCCGGAUCCUGCCCUCCAGGAUGAUGACAGUGUAGCAGAGCGAGACCAAACCUCGUCAGAUGGUAUCGCUACUUUUCGAGGAGUCGUUCUGCUAGUGCACGGUAUGUUUUCCACGGCAGCAGAUUUCGUUAUUACGGGGCCGGAAACCGGUCUCGCGUUUAUUCUCGCCGAUGCCGGAUACGACGUUUGGCUGGGAAACGCCCGAGGAACACGCUUCUCACGGAAACACCUUCAUCUAAGUCCGAAAUCAGCCGCGUUCUGGGAUUUCAGUUGGCACGAAAUUGGCGUCAACGACUUACCGGCGAUGAUAGACUUCAUCCUGCGGUAUACAAGACAGCGAAAACUGUUCUACAUUGGUCACAACCAAGGUGUAACCGCCAUCCUGACACUGCUUUCCGAAAAUCCAGCGUACAACCGGAAAAUCAGUGGCGUCGUCGGAUUAGCCCCACUAGUUUUCCUAGGAAACGGAAACAAUGAAAUAGUCCGACAACUUGGCAAACUCAACGAACAGCUUUGGCUCACACUAAAAACACUGAACAUCUUUGAAUUGACACCAUCGCCCAAUGUUCUCAAAUUUCUCGGUAGCACAAUCUGCUCCGAAGGAUCAUUCACCGGUACAGUGUGUUCCGAUUUACUGGCCACCAUUUUUGGAUAUUCUUCGGAACAAGCCAAAUUCAUGCUUCCCGGUUUAAUUACUAACUCGAUGCUCACGGGAAUCUCGACCAAGCAGCUGAUUCAUUAUGGACAACUGAUGGAGACAAGGAAAUUCCAACAAUUUGACUACAAAAACUUCAUAGAAAAUUUUCAACGAUACAAGCAAGGGAAACCACCGUAUUAUGACCUUUCGCGAGCGACGGUCCCUUUUACUUUAUUUAGUGGUACAAACGAUUUUUUCAGCUCCUCCAAGGAUUUCAAAAAGCUAAUUCGUUCGCUGCCGAACGUAAGCGAAUUCAGCGAAUUAUUCGGUUGGACACACAUGGAUUUCAUUUACAACGCACAGAUCUACGUAAAUGUGUACCGCAAAAUUUUAGAAGCAAUGAGAAAUAGCACAACAAAAUAAUGUAACAUAACACAAUGAAAAUAACACUUCCAGUUAUCCUUAGAAGCAUAAAGUAUACGAGUCCAAGAUACAUCACUCGAAGAAGUAUUCGUAGAAAACGCAUUGGCAGCCACAGUCUGCGAACUUCAACAGAAACCAUUUUCUCCACAAGAGUCACCUGCCUCCCCACCAGAAACGCCAGAAAAGCUCGGCCGGCACUCCAAUAUCAGCAACAGGAAAGAGCGAACAGC